AUGGUGAUGUCUCGUCCAGCUGUGAAAACAAUCAGUUCCACUCCUCUGGGUGAUCCUGCAACGUCUACUGUGAGAAACUUCAGGAAACCAACUGUGAAAGCUCGCGUAAGUACAGCCGAUGCGACGAACUUGGAGCGGAAAAAAGAAACCGAGAAGAGCAAAGAUCCACCAGUUGUCGAAGUAAACAAAUCAAAGCCGAAAGAAAGUUCGGAUGUUGAAGGUCGACAAGCGUCUGUACUGGAAGAAAUACAAUGGAAGACGUUAGUACUGGGUUCUCAUUAUCCAGAAGACUUUGAUUCUGGCAAUUGGACUUCACGACCUGGAGACACUUUCCCUUUCGAUAUUGUAAUAGGAUUGGAUCAAGUCUGUAACGUCUACAAAGUUCUUCUGGAUGUGGAUGACAAUCUUUUACCCAAAAAAAUUGAGAUAUCUAUUGGUCUUGGGGAUGCAUCCUUGCCCAUAAAUUAUAAAAAUGCUAGAGAAGCAAAUUUCAAAAGCCCAGUUGCCAUGGAGUACUUCAAGCGAGAACGUAGUCGCAGUCGAUUAGAAACGAAAACAGCCUUUGUGGAUAAAAUAGGUCAGUACGUAUGGCUCCAGAUUCAUGAGCCAUUGCGACACAGCAAGAAUCCGGCUGGUCAAAUAAAAAUUACAAGCUUUACCAUACUGGGCUACCGUAUUGCUGGAGAUGAUUUCAGCGAUUUAUUGGAAGAAACAAAGAAUGAUGACUUCCGUCCCACUAGCAGAGAUGAAAGAGAAUACAAAUUGUAUAAUUCGAUGGAAAAAGCUGCAGCAGCUAAGGCCAAAGCCGAACCAAUUGAAAGACACAGCUAUAAUGGUGAUGGGAUGAAGACGAAUUCUGACCUACUAGCGUCCGAUCCACUAACGACUCUGCGAACAGUCAAGAAAACAUUGGAGAACAAACGGAACGUUGCCAAAGAGACCGGCAGAGAUGUGGAAGCAACUGUAUGUCACCGAGCCGUCCAAAGACUUCUUGAGUACGAGGCUAUGGUCGAAGAUCUCCAUGUCAGGCGAAGCAAUGCUCUGGUUCAUGGAGAUCUUGUUAUGGCCGAACGCCACCGUCUAGCUAUGGUUGAUUGUCGGGAUACAGCUCUUCGAUCCAUUCACGUCGACUUGCUAUUCGAUAAAGCUGAGUUACGAGCCAUUGGCACAACUUCUGAGUGGUCAGAGAAACCGUGA